AUGGAAAUUCUAAAGCAACUUCAUGCCUCUGUGGCAGAGAGCUUUGAGAAAUCCUUCGAUGAUGCAUACAGCGAUUUGACUGCUGUGCUUACCAUUCGUGAUAAACAAGUCGCCACUGCAGAAGAGAAACUCAGGGCUACGGAGGAUGUCCGAAGUAAAGCUGCGGCCGAGAUCGAGAGGCUAAAUGUUGAGAUUGCCCAUUUACGAGAAGAAUUAAGUCGUAAUGACAUUAGCCUAGAUGGUGCUGAAGUCUCUUUGAGCGAGUCUCAAUUGGAGGAAGCAUAUGCGCCGCAGCGUGUUUUGAGUCUGUGUGAUGACAACAAUCUCGUGUCGUGGGAAUGUGGUACUAAAGAACCGAGAAUUGUCAAGGGGAAAUAUGCUGCACUAUAUGGAGAUGCACAAACGCUCGCAAAGGCCUGUAAGGGCCUCAGACACCAGAUCAAGCGGCAUAAGAGAAAGCUGGAACACUGGAGCAAAUGUCUCGAGCGGGACGAGUUUACACUUGUGCUGAAUGGUGUCGCUGUCAAAUUCCAACGAGUGAAAAACAUUGCAAAUGAAGACCAUGAUUGCUCUCCAACCGCAGAGUCGAUACCUGCAAAUGGCAUGUCAGUGCCGGUUAGUCAUAAUGCAGCAGACGGGGGUCCUGGGCUACCGAGUUCACCUAGGCACGAGCCGGAUGAAGGUUUUACAUCCAUUGUUUGCGGCGACUAUAGAAGAUCAGAUAACACCUUUAGACAGUCCCUGCAGACUGAAUCUCUAAAAGUUUUUCUUACGCAGUCCAGUCCUCCUUUCGAGACCGAAGAUACCGAUACAUUGGCGAGGCAGAGAUACCGGAGAUUGAAGAGGAAACGCGAGAUUGUACCCGAAUCCGGGGCAUUAGCUCGUUAUAGUGGCUUGAGGGAAAGGGAAUCGAAACCGCCCAUUGCCGUAAAAAGCGAAAGCAUGUCCUCUAGUCCCGUGCGAAACGUUUCCCAGCAGUUUGAAACAAUUGAAACUCAAGAUUUGGAUGAAGUUGGCGGUACUGUCGAGACACCAACCACAGAGGUGGUCAUCGAUGCAUAUCGAACAUCUGAAACAGACCCUUCGGCUAUUCAUUCGCCAUCAUCUCGAAAACUAGCGCCUCAGGAUGAAUACCGUCUAGCAUCAGGCCACAGGCUUCUUCAUCGAUCCACAGCACUCCAAUCAGUGGAUAACAAUGCUAGCCUUUUGCAUGGUUCUGCUCGAUGGCCUGAAAAGAAGCCAAUGGCAAUCCCGAGGGCACCCAACCAUGCUAUAUCGUGCUUAGCAGAGGAUGGCGAACGGAUGUAUCCCACAGCACAUGCAGGAAGGACACCGCUGAACGCCGAUCUUAGCUACCUGUCAGCAGCCUUAAGUUCCAAGGAUGUCUCACACCGUUUGCAGGACUUAUUGGAGAAACCAGUGCCGCCUAGGUCACUGUUGCAUUCGCCGAAGGACAGCGGAAACACGAACGAUACCAUAAGUUACAAACAGCACGAAUCUCAUGCUGAUCACGAAGCGCCUGCGUAUAGUAGACGCGUACCUACUGAUGCACAAGCUAGCAAACGGCCAACUGAUCAACAUGUAUCAACCAACACCCAAAUUUCCGAGCGAGCAGAGUCUAAUUCCAUUAAAAUGCGUCCAGAGGAUGAACCUUACCGAGCUCUGCCACUACACCGGCUCGAACUUAGUCAUUUCAGGAUAAACCCCGACUAUAACGAAGGACUCGAGUAUGCAUUUGACACUGUUAUCCGCAAGAAAAAAGAACGCAAGUGCAUCAAGGGAUGCACGCGCCCUGAUUGCUGUGGGGACAAAUUCUUAGCCAUGGCACGCCUUGCUGGUCUACGAAUUAACUCUACAGUCUCUUGUCAAGAAGAUGACCAGAAAUUUUUAGAGGACUACUUGAGAGACAAUAAACAUUUGCUUGAUGGACUUGGUGAGAAGGACCAUCAGAAGCUCCUUGAUGAGGCAAAAGCAAGGCUGAUUGCCGACUGUUUUGGGAAACAUAGGAAUCAUCAUCCACGUCCGGCUACGCCACCAGGGUUUUGGCGUACGGAUAUGCCUGACACACAAGAACUAGAAUUUGAUCGUGAGGAGGCAAGAAGGCUUGAGAGAGAUAAGGUAAAAGAACGAUAUAGAGAAGCAAUGCGCCCGGGUGGCCUUUGGAAAUAUGCAGAUGAGUGA